AUGCAAUCCAAUAAAGUUGAAAUCACGGACAAAAUCUUGGAUCCGAAGAUGAUUGAAGCUAUGGACAGAAAAGAAUUACAAGCGCAUUGUAAAAAAUUUGGUUAUAAGGCAAAUCUAAAAAAUGAAACAUUAAAAGAAAUGUUGUUGCAUCGAACAAUGAGACAAAUUGGUAUUGGUAUUGAGGAGGGAGAUUAUAAUGCCUCUGAUAUUCUACAAAGGAGUUUUAAACGGUAUUGCGAACUGCAACAACAACAAAAAAUUGAACUUAACGAGGUUGCUGAAGAAUACCUGACCUUAGGCGAAACGGUUAAAGAAACAGAGCCUGCAGAAAAACUAUUAACAAUAGAUGCUAAAGAGUAUUUGUCAUUGGUAAGACCAACAAAACGAAAAAAAACCGAACCUAUUGAAUCCACUUCCACCUCACCAAAAAAACAAAGAAUCACUAUUACUAGAACUACAACUAAAGCUGUUGGUAAAAAACCCGUGGCUAAAAGAAAAAUUGUUGUAAAAAAUGACGAACAAAAAAAAAAAGAAGAAUUCUUACAGAGAAGAGAAGCUUCUAGAAACGUUCGUCAACCAGUUCUCGAAAAUGGUAAGAAGGCCAAAAAACGUCAAUUGGACCAUGAACCCCCCUCAUAUGACAAAAAGGUUAAGGAUUGA